UUCGGCAACACACUCUGCCCUGCGCUGGGUUUGGCCGAUCGUGUGUAGAGAGAGAGCUCGCCGUUUGCCGUUUUUGCGGCGCCCGUCAGAACGUUUCGGUCGGUGUCGAAGAGCACGCGCGCGCGUGUGCGGGAACGAUCGUACACAAAAACCGCGAGUCUGCUUACGCGCGAUCGAGUUUACGCAUUUGUCGCAAGCAUGGCUAGCCCGUUCUCGAACAUACGCCUCUCCGCCCACCCAACCGACGGUGGCAGCAACAAUUUCCUUUCGCCAACGGAACCACCGAACGGUACGAUGCUGCCACCGCCACCGAUCGUGCGGCGAAACUCCGAGCUGCCGCCGGGGAAACGGCAACAGUCCCCGCUGAAGCUGUCCAUACCCGCACCGAGGGCGUCCUUUUCGAGCGGUUGUUCUUCCGGCUCUUCGGGCUCGUCGGACGGAUCGGCGGGAUGCAGGCAGGCGGUCACAGCUCCCGUGCUCGGCGGGCAGCUGCCCUCGUUUGCGGCCGCCAGCAAUCCGCAUCUGAACGAGUUCCAUCAUCAUCAUCAUCAUCAUGGCGCUUUCCCGGAGUUUGAUACGCUCGAGUCACCGAUGCUGCAGCUAAGCCCGGACCACUCACCGAUCAUCAUGACGCAGCUACUGGAAGCGACCAGCCCCGGAACGGCCUCCAGCCAGGGAAGCAACGGAUCCUCCAUCUCUCGCCUGAUGCGCUUCAGUCCCGGGCUCCAUCAUCAUUCGGGCACCAUCUCACCCUUCCCAUCCGAGCUCGGCACGGGACAAAAGUUCGCACUGCCCAUGUAG